AUGAUAUNGCCCCCCACUGAGGAAUACUUUGCCAAGAACCAGCGUCUGGGCCGCCCCCUCAGCCCCCACCUGUCCAUCUACAAGCCCCAGCUGACCUCCGUGCUGAGCAUCUCACACCGGGCCACCGGCGUCCUCCUGUCCUCCCUCUUGUCUGGCUUUGGCAUCGGCAUGCUGGUGCUGCCCGCCUCCUACCCCUACUACGUGGCGCUGCUCUCCCAGGCGCACUACGGCGCCGCCGUCGUCUUCACCGUCAAGUUCUGCAUGGCCUUCCCCUUCCUGUUCCAUGCCUUCAACGGCGUCCGCCAUCUUGCGUGGGACUUGGGCUACGGGUUCACGCUGCGCACGCUCUACAAGUCGGGCUACGGAGUGACGGCACUCGCCCUCCUCUCCGCGCUGGCCGUCGCCAGCUACUGAGUCGUAACCGCCAGCGACCGCCUUAUAUAUACUCGGGGAAAUGGGUGAAACUCCCGUAUAUUGAUGCACUUUUUCGCCUAAGUGUAGUUCAUCCUGACCAAGUUAAUCCCUGCAAAUUAGCGUAUCCGUGCUACGCGAGAAAGUGCGUCUCUAUAUGGAUAAUAUGACCCAUUCAUUUUAUGAGUGUAUGCGCUCCUGGGAAGGUACCUGCACUGAAACGUUCUGCACAUUCUCGGAACAAUGAUUAGCCUUUGUUUAUGUUAUGGCAGAUGCCAACUAGGCUUUUAUUUAUGUUAUGGCAGGUGACAACUAGGAUUUUGUUUGUUAUGGCAGGGGCCGACUAAGCUUUUGUUUAUUUUAUGGCAGUAGCGAGACUUGUAGGGUGCCAAGUAGGCUCUUGUUUAUGUUAUGGCAGGUGCCAACUAGGCUUUUGUUUAUGUUAUGGCAGUAACGAGACUUGAAGGGUGCCAUCUAGGCUUUUAUGUUAUGGUAGGUGCCAACUAGGCUUUUGUUUAUGUAAUGACAUUUAGGGUGCCCAACUAGUCUUUUAUUUAGUAAUUCGCCACGGCCGACAGUUCCAACAAUGUGCAGACGGCGGCAGUGAGAGCACUGGUCCUGUACUCCGCUUGUAUUGUACAGUACAUCUGAGUUGUUAUAACUGAAUAUUAGGCAGUUAUUUCUGAAUAAAUAUUAACAAAU